AUGGCCCAAUACUUCUACCAGUCACUGGACGAAAACAACAAUGAGAUCCGGCUGAUAACACUACUCCCCGCGGCGGAUCGAGAUAGCGAAGUGAUCUGCGAUAUCAACAUCGUUCGACUCGCAGAAGACGACAUACCACAAUAUGAAGCGUUGUCAUACACUUGGGGCUCCGCCGAAUCGCCUGUCAGGCUCCGAGUUUCGCCAGACAGCGACCACAACAUCGAUAUCACCAAGAAUCUUGCGGAAGCCUUGCCGUACCUUCGUGAUACUGCUGCACCCAGAAUACUAUGGAUAGACGCUAUUGCGAUCAAUCAAAAAGACCUGGGCGAGAGAGGUCAGCAGGUCCAGCGGAUGGCUGAUAUCUUCAGCUUAGCAGAAAGAGUUAUCGUUUGGUUAGGCAUGGACGAUGCUAACAGUAAGACCGUCAUGGAAAUAUGCGAGUUCCUUGUCACGAAGGUUGAAUUCGAUGACGAAAAGGGUGGACUGAGAAGUCUUUCCGAUCAACCAAAUGAUGUUCACUGGGGCGACGAAAGCGAACGGCUUCCCUAUGAUAUAGAGACCUGGCAAACCAUUACCGAUUUCUUGCGGAGACCUUGGUUCCAUCGACUUUGGAUAUGGCAGGAGAUCCGCCUGGCUAAACCAAACGCAAUGAUAAUGUGUGGCACCGACUCGAUGCAUUGGACACAACUCCGACCUUUGCUGGGUUGUAUUGUCUGCAAGGAAUCCUCGAUCCCGUCUGAGAUCCGUGGAUUCGAAGACGCCUGGAAAAGCGUCUUGAAUGGCUAUUUUCUUGCGAACUUAACCAGUUCAACAUUCAGGCGUUUGCUUAUGAUGAUGCAACAUGCUCGAUGCGUCGAUCCGCGAGAUCGUGUAUACGGCAUUCUGGGACUAUUUUCCAGGAUGAACAUGCCAAUCGAUCUACAACCAGAUUACGAGAAACCAGUGGUAGAUGUAUACAUGGAUCUGAUGAUGCACUUCACACAGAAGUCGGAGAACCUUGAUCUGUUGCGCCUAUGCCAAUACCGUGAGACAAUGGCAAGUUGGCCCUCGUGGAUACCUGAUCUUACGGACUUUGAGGUGGGCUGCGAAAUAGAAUCGCGGGCUUCCGGAUCUUCUACGUGCGAGGUGGCGCUGUUACAAGACAGGGGCUUGAGAGCGACGGGGAGGAGACUAUGUCAAAUUGUCAGUGUGGAUAGUUCUGUUGUGCCAUAUGGACACUGCAAUCCUAAGAUUCGACGGUGGGCAAGAGGUAUAGAUAUGACUUCUAGUUAUGUCGAUGGCAGACCCAUGGCCGAGGCGUUUUCUCUUAGUAUUUGUGCAGGCGCCGUAUCGGACUUGCAUGUGCCACCUCAUGCGACAGCGCCAAAUUUACAGUCAACUCUAGCGUUCCUCCAGGACAUCCUAAGGCUUGAAGACAACGAAGUCGUUAAGUAUCAGGGCGAGGAUGUUGUAUCAAAGCAGGUGUCAUUUGCGUGCGCGCGCCGAGCGUUCUUCACAACAUCCUCUAAUCAUUUCGGCAUAGGCCCCUUAGGUGCGCGCGAGGGCGACCAUAUAUGCGUACUGCUGGGAUGCGACGUUCCCAUGGUUAUUCGCGCAGAUUCAAAUGGGAGGUAUAAGAUCAUUGGACAAGGUUACGUAUCUGGAAUCGGUAACAACGAAGCAUUUCUGGGCCCCUUGCCAAGUGGAUUUAAAGAGGUGUCACGUUAUGACGCUGAAUUCAAGGUUCAUGAUCGUGUCUUUGUACAUCAAGAGACCGGGAAGUUUCAGAUCGAAGAUCCGAGACUAGGUACUGAGCUGCCAUCAGUAUUUACGACUCUGUUACGUCCUCGCGGGCUGAGCUCUCGAAAGCUUGAAACUAAUGUGAAUGAUGUGAAGAUUCAGCGCGAGCACAAGAAGGCCGACAAGGCUGGCACCCGCGCGCCAGUCAAGGCGAACGGUCUUCCCGUCAAGGCACCGAAGCCGACGUCCAUCGUAGGCACUCUUGCACUUCCCAGUUGA